UAGUAUACGUAAGUCAUUAAUUCGAUCAUGGAGAUGAACAGUUCAAGGAGAUCAAGAGGGUUCAAGAUAGCAAAGCUACUGCCCUUUUGCAAAGCUCUCAAGCCUCCAACUGCCUCCCAAGACCUUUACAAUAAUGUUCACUACACUUCCUCCACCACAACUUCCUACGCUCCUCAACCUAAUUUCAGUAACGACGUAACUCCUCUUCCUCCUAAAGUUAGCUUCCUCCUUCAACCAUCCGUGGCUCAUGAGGGGGAGGAUAUGGACAAGAAGCUUAACAAGAUGACAGAAAAGCUGAUCGGCAGAGGGAUUAAUGGUAUGGAAGAUUGUGUUGACGCUAGAGCCGCUUCUUAUAUAUCUUCGGUUCGAGAAAGGUUCAAGCUGGACCAUUGUGAGAGACUGACGACGACUGUUGUUAGCUUAGAUCAUGAAGAUGUUGACCGUUAGAAUUUAGGUGACCUAUAAAUCUGUCAGAACACGUCAGAAAAAAAACACUCGCCACAAAAGCUUAAAGCCGAUCGUUAAGUUAAAUACAAGUUUCGUUGGGUUGUUAUGACAGCCUUUUUAGGUUUUUACUGAUUUAAAGAGGGAAAAUUGAAACUUAAGUUCCUACGAGAUAUGAAGCAAUCAGAUUUGUGUACGUGAAUUAUGGUGGAAAGCAGAACACGUCAUUUGUCAGAGCAUCCUCAGCGGGCAACAUCUAAAAAACAGUUUCUAAUCCUAAUCCUAAUAAUAAUAAUUUUAUUCAUCCAUAAGUUUUUUGUCAAAUUUUUUUUUAGUUUAAAAAAGCAAACCAGUCAAAGAGAUUGACAAAUGGCAAAAUGAAUAUUAAAGGCGCUUUAAGGCAUCUUUAUCCCACAAACUCAA